AUUUAUCGAUUCUACCGGGAUAUAUAUCGAUAUCAAUGUAUAAUAAACAUGGCGUCAGAGGGAGAAAACGUUGUGAUGGAAAGUCCAGGUCGCCGCACACGUUCUGGCCGAAAGGCUGCAUCUCCGGCUGCAUCGUUACCCACGAGGAACACUAGACGCACAUCGAAGCGGAACGUCCAGCUAAGUGAACCGGAAGAGGAACCCGAAGAGCGGGCAGCAGAGGAGGUGAUCAUGAUUCUGGAUGACGAGGAUCAAUUUGCAGGGGCGGCCACCGAGGAGGCACCCGCUUUGGAACCACAGUUUGAGGAAACCCAACAUCAGUUGGACGACGAUGUUGAGAUGCUGACGCCCGCCGAAACUGGCGGAGUGGAUGAGAAGAGCUCUUCCUUUCCAUUUGGUACAGUGGCGGAGCAACAUUCAGAAACUAGCGAUGACAUCAAGGAGAGUCGCGGACAGGCUGGCGUGGACACCCUGCUAGCUUCUAUGGCAGGCGAUAAUGCCAACAGUCUGCCAUCUGUGGGUGGAAAUGAUGAGAGUGACAACACAAAAAAGGCAGAUUUUGAGUACAAUGUUGAGGCUCUACAGCCACAGACAGAGAAACUGAACUCGUCUGAGGACUCCAGCUCCCAUCAUGCCAUAGCCGAAGAUCUGGCUGAUGAGGCAGACAACAGUAAUGCCACCAUUGUCAACACGGAAAUUAUAUCCGAAGAUGAACUGCCUCCACCCAGCAAACCAGAAAUCAAUGAUGCCGAGGAAGUCUCCGACGAGGAGCUGCCAGCUCCGCAGCGGGCGGAGUUGCCAGCGGAUGCUGAGGUUAUCUCCGAGGACGAGCUGCCCACCCACAAUAAUAACAACACCACCACUGAGCCCAAGGCUGCUUUAAAGCGCAAAGCGGAAAAUAAUACCGAUAAGGGGGCUGAAGAUAAGGAAACAAACAGUAUGGAAAAAAGCACAAAAGAUAAGUCUGUGGAGCAAUAUAAUCCGGGAAGCCCAACAUCUGAGAGUAACGAUUCUCCGCCUUUAGAGAAGAAAGUCAAGGUUGAGGAAUCUGAAAACAAAGAAAAAAAGAAGGAAAAGGAGCGCGAUAAGGAUAAAGAUAAGGAGAAGGAAAAGGACAAAGAGAAAGAUAAGGACAAGGAGAAGGAGCGCAAGAAGCUGCCUGACCUGGAUAAAUACUGGAGGGUUGUCAAAGAGGACUCUACCGACUUCACCGGUUGGACGUAUCUAUUGCAAUAUGUGGACAGUGAGUCCGAUGCAGAGGCGGCUCGAGAGGCCUACGACACAUUCCUGUCUCACUAUCCCUACUGCUAUGGGUACUGGCGCAAGUACGCUGACUACGAGAAGCGCAAGGGCAUCAAGGCCAACUGCUACAAGGUCUUUGAGCGCGGGUUGGAAGCUAUUCCCUUGUCGGUGGAUCUGUGGAUCCACUACCUGAUGCACGUCAAGUCCCACCAUGGAGAAGAUGAACAGUUCAUCCGUACCCAGUACGAGCGAGCAGUGAAGGCGUGUGGCCUAGAGUUCCGCUCGGACAAACUCUGGGACGCUUAUAUUCGAUGGGAGAACGAGUCAAAACGCUACCAUCGUGUAGUCCAAAUCUAUGAUAGGCUAUUGGCCAUACCCACCCAGGGUUAUAAUGGUCAUUUUGACAAUUUCCAGGAUAUGAUUAAUCAGCAUGCUAUUACCAGCACGAUUGGCAAGGAGGAGCUGGUCCGCCUACGUAAAGAUUUCCACGAGCGUCAGCAGAGCAAGUCCUCAAAGUCCUCGUCAAAGCAUCGACGUGACAGCAGCAGCUCUAAGGACAAGGAGUCAAAGGAUCGAGAACGGGAAAAGGAUAAGGACAAGGACAAGGACAAAGACAAAGAUAAGGACAAGGACAAGGAGAAGCGGGACUCAGGCGGCGGUGGUGCUGGUAAGUCGCCUAAAGAUACUAGUGAAACUCAUGUCGAUGAAUCAGAUAGUACUACCGAUCUGAUCGAAAGCGAAUCAACGCCUGCUUCUUCAAAACCGGCACUCCCGAUCGAUUUCAGUGAUUUAAGCACGCUGAAUGACGAGGAGAUAGCCAGCAUAAAGGAACGUGCGAUAUCUGCGCGCCGCAAAAUCCACAAGGCGACCGUAAGCGCAGUGACCGCCCGAUGGUCCUUCGAGGAGGGCAUUAAGCGGCCAUACUUUCAUGUAAAGCCUCUUGAGCGAGCACAACUGAAGAAUUGGAAAGACUACAUCGAUUUUGAGAUCGAAAAGGGCGAUCGUGAGCGUGUCCUGGUUUUGUUUGAAAGAUGCCUUAUCGCCUGCGCUUUGUAUGACGAGUUCUGGCUAAAGAUGCUUCGUUAUCUGGAAUCCUUAGAGGAUCAGAGCGGUGUGAACAACCUUAUACGCGAUGUCUUCCGUCGCGCAUGUCGCAUUCAUCAUCCGGAUAAGCCCAGUUUGCAUUUAAUGUGGGCCGCCUUCGAGGAGUGUCAGUCAAACUUUGAUGCCGCUGCUGAAAUUUUGGAGCGCAUCGAACAACGUUGUCCUCAUCUCCUGCAGAUUGCUUAUCGUCGGAUCAACGUGGAACGACGUCGCGGAUCGCUGGACAAAUGUCGCGAGCUGUACAAGCACUAUAUAGAAAGUACAAAGAAUAAGGGUAUUGCCGGCAGCCUGGCCAUUAAGUAUGCCCGUUUUCUCAACAAAAUCUGUCAUGAUCUCGAUGCAGGUUUGGCAGCCCUGCAGCAAGCUCUGGAACGUGAUCCCGCCAAUACUCGAGUGGCCCUGCAAAUGAUCGAUCUGUGCUUGCAGCGGUCUAAGGUGGAUGAGCAGGAGGUGGUUAAAAUUAUGGAUAAGUUUAUGGCCCGACCGGAUAUUGAACCUGAUCAGAAGGUACUGUUUGCCCAGCGCAAAGUCGAGUUCCUAGAGGACUUUGGCAGCACAGCCAAGGGUCUGCAAGAUGCACAGCGCGCUCUGCAGCAGGCUCUAAGCAAAGCCAAUGAAGCUCAAAAGAAGGGUGAUAGUAGUCCUAGUCGCAAAAACUCGUCUACAGGUAGCAAAGAUGGAUCUGGCGCCUCCGGAUCAGCAUCAGCGGCAGCCUACAACAAUGGUGGCUCGGCCGCGGCCGCAACAGGCUACAACUAUGGUGCGGCCAAUACUUAUUACGGACAGCAGAGUACCAGUGGAGGUUCUUAUCCCCCGCAGCCCCCGCAGCCCCCACAGCAGCAGGCGUCCUAUGACUCCUACUAUAACCAAUGGGGUUAUGGACAAGGUGGUGCCAGCAACAGUAGUAAUGUUGGAUACAACUACGGUCAAUGGAGCGGCUAUACAAACUACUACUAAGAUCCUAGCCUAUAUCCAACUCAAUCCCCCAUAUCUCUAAGACGCCCAAACUCGUUUAGUUUUGCUUGCUGAUUUGUUAAGUAAUAUACGUCUAACUGUAAUUUUUUAUCAAUUUCUAAUACAUAUUGAUAUGUAGGGUAUUUAAUUGCGCCCUCACAUACGCCCCACAAUGCGUACAAUAAAAGAUAUCUGCUAAAUCGGUCCACCAUAA